CGCGCUUUAUUUCAGUUGCGCCGCGCGCUCUCGUUCCGCCGGCUCAUGGAAAAUCCGGCUCCGACGCAGCUCUCCUUGCUCAUGUAUACGCGUGGCACGGAUGCCGUUUAAAGGUUCAGUCGUGCUCGAAGUGCUGCUUUUUGUGAUUACUUUGCAGGCGGAUAAGUGCGGCCGUGGUAUGGAAUGCUUCUGACGCGGGACGAUUCGUUCGCCACUGGAAAUCCGCUGCUGGAGAGAUUAGAUAUUUGAGAAGAGAUUGAUUCAUCGAACGAAAAGAUGUACAACAUCACUUGGCAUCUCAAUGGCUCAACGUCAACGAUAUUCAGUCUGGAGGAGGAAGAUGAAGAAGACCAGUACAUACCGUACGAAGAACGACCCGAAACUUACAUAGUACCAAUCUUGUUCUUCUUGAUCCUGGUAGUUGGAGUCGCCGGCAACGGAGUUCUUGUCCUAACUUUGCUGAGGCAUGCGAAUAUGAGAAAUAUUCCAAACACCUACGUACUCUCUCUCGCAUUAGGAGAUCUUCUGGUGAUCGUGACCUGCGUCCCCUUCACUUCGAUUCUCUACACCAUCGAGUCAUGGCCCUGGGGUCUCGCCGUCUGCAAGCUCUCCGAGUGCGCUAAGGACAUCUCCAUUGGCGUCUCCGUCUUCACCCUCACUGCUCUCUCCGCUGAAAGAUACUACGCAAUCGUGAACCCGAUCCGACGGCACGUGGCCGGCUUGUCGGCGAAGCCACUGACGAUCCUGACGGUGACCCUAAUCUGGCUACUGGCGAGUAUACUGGCCCUGCCCGCGGCGCUCUUCUCCCAUAUACCGACGGAGCCGCUCAAGGGCAACCACAGCAUCACGAUCUGCAGUCCAUUCCCCAAAGAAUUCGGUGAGAGCUACGAGAAGGGUAUGGUGCUGUUCAAGUUCCUCGCCUACUACGCCAUACCCCUGUGUAUAAUCUCAGGAUUCUAUCUGGGCAUGGCUCGUCACCUCGAGCUUUCCACGAGAAACAUGCCCGGCGACCAUCCGGGAGCACCUCACCACUGCGAGCAAAUACGAGCCAGAAAAAAGGUGGGCAAGAUGGUGAUAGCGUUCGUGAUAAUUUUCUUCGUCUGUUUCCUGCCGUACCACGUAUUCAUGCUGUGGUUCCACUUUUACCCGGCAUCCCGAGAAGUUUUCGACGAGUUCUGGCACGCCUUUCGAAUCAUAGGCUUCUGCCUCAGCUUCAUCAACAGCUGCGUCAAUCCCAUAGCCCUGUACUUCGUCAGCGGAACUUUUCGCAAGAGGUUCAACGAGUACCUCUGCUGCUGCAUACCGAGCGUGAGAAGGACGGCCAACGCCCAGGGCAGAUUCCCAAGGACUCGGGGCGAGGCGAGCACGUUUUACGAGACGAGCUUUAAUUCGACCUACCGCAGGCACACGCAGGAGCUCAACUCCAGCACGCUCCUGAAUUACUCCGCCGGCGAGAGCAAACCCACUUUACACCUCCUGACGUUGUGCGUCGAGUUUUAUUUAAUUUAUUUUCAGUUCAUCGUCACCGAUAUAAUAUUCGUAGUGCUGUGUGCGGUGUGUGUGUUUUUUUUUCGCGUAUGCUCGAGCCACUACUGGGUAGAGGAGUACCAGCGACCAUCCGAGCGUGAAGCGGCGUCGACAAUGAAGAGGUCGUCAUCGUCGUCGAACUCGGGGAGAGAUGGUAAUGCCAGCAGAGCGAAAAGGGCCAAGUCGAACGAGGAGAACUCGGUACCGAGUACUCGAGAGUAUCUGCAGCUAGCGCUGGCGAGGAUUGUGGAGCUUCAGAGACAAAUAGACGAAGGGAUCUACGUUACCGACGAGACCAGUGAUCUGGGCGAUUCCGAUUCCGACGACGAUAUAAUGACGGAAGUACUGACGAAGGUCUUCAAAGACCUGCCCGGAUCAUCGAAAGCGGUGACCACAAUAAUCGAUUCAACGUCCAAGCCAUCGGCGGCUCAGCUAAAAGCGAUAAGAAACAAGCGGAUUCAGUUGUCUGGUUUCGAGGUCUGCCGUAAAGUUGCGGUGAAUUUCGUGAAAAACGCCGGCCAAUUCGAGCCGCUGGAAACUGCGUCGGGCGACGUUCAGAGAGGAUACGACGUCAGCCCGUCCGAGUUCGAGGCAAGAAAACGAAUGUUGGGGAGCCUCGACUUGCACCUGGCCGCUAAACAGAGGGACUACACCGCUCGCUUGAUGAGAGAGUGAACAUUCACCAACUGCUCGACAUUCCGCUGCUUCACUUUCAAUUCGAAAGAUACAUAGUUUUAUUGCCAUUGCCCGAUUCUAGUCUUUAGAUUUUUAAGAAAGAAUACAUUUAUUUAUUCGAGUUUCAUUCACUACAUAAUAAUCGCGAUGAUUCAUUUUCAUUAUUCUUUUUCAGUAUAUAGCCGUUCUAAACGUUAAGCAGAACAAGCGCGCUCCGAUUAAAUUUAAGAUUGAUAGUUUGAUAAUCGAUUCGUUGCGGCAUAUUAGAAAAACAGCAUUUUAAAGGUUAAUUAUAAAUUUUAAUUUUUGACAUGCAUACCAUGAAUAUAUAAGUAAUGGUUACUGAUAACGUUUCUUCAGCGCUCCAGCUAAAAUCGACGUGCCGCUUUUCUUGACAUUGUAUAACAUUUUAGCUAAUAGACUUUUUUAUUCUAGUCGGUAUAAUUAAAAAUGUGAAUCUAGUCAAUGCAAUGUAGAAAAGCUGUACUCAACGUCACAAUUUAAUAAAACCUUUUGAUAUCAUUUUUUACUUGUUUUUCUUAAUUAUUGAUUCACAAAAAAAAAUUAAUUAAUGUUUCAUGAGCUCUCGUAUUUUAAAUUGAACGGUCCUUAAUAUCGGCUUUUGCAUUCGCUUAAGAACGUUGAAAUACUUUAAUAACAGCUUAUUAGUUAAUGCAUUCUUUAAUGAACUCGUAAUUAAUUGUUUUAUUGAAUUAAUUUGAUAUUUAUGAAUUCAAUGUCAAUCAAAGUUUGGUAAAUACUUAUUAUGAUGGAGAAGACAAAUAACAUUGAUAAUUGGUUUUUGUAUAUAAUCAAUCCUAAACGAUAAUAAAUGCAAUUAAAUACAUAAUUUCGUCAUUUAAUUGUGUGCUGCAUAUUCAUAAAUUUGUCUGCACAACUACUACUAGAAUAAUAAUUAAUAUUUUGCUAUCAACUGAAAUAAUGCAAUUUCUUAAAAAACAAAUACUGGACCUAUCGUAAUUAUAAUUUAAUUUAGUAUUGUUCAAGGAAAAUUGGAGGAAUAUACGAAACGAAAUGCACACAAUCUUUUUUUUGAUUGAUUUAUGAACUUGUCGGUAGAGUAGAGUUCAUUCAUAUCUUAGAAUGGUUACGGCCCAUUGAUCAAUAAAGUAGGUAUUUCAUUUUUAGAUCUGUGGAUUUCAUAACGAAGUGAAAUUUAAAAGCUUUACUAACGUUUCUUAAAAGCCACCUGAAUUUUUAGUUUUGUCAUUUAGUCAAUAAGUCAAAGCAAAGAUAAUUUGUGUAAAAAAUGUUUAUUCAUAAUUUUACAAUAAAAAAAUCAUGUAGCUUACAUUACUAAAUCAUGACAUCUUUUAAGCACUACGUAACAGCCAUUUUUUUCAAACAUUCACUCCUUGGCACAUAGAAUCUCAAAGUCGUCAGUCAUUAUGAUCAAUUGAUUUUCGCAUCCGGGCUUGUGCUCUUCUUAAAAUACAAUAUAAUUGUUGCGAGUGUAAGAUUCGCCGUAAAAUACCAUCUCAUAAUAAAGUAUUAGCUAAUAGAGAUUAACAUA